AUGAUGCUGCAUUGUAUGUAUCCCUACAAAAAGUUUAGAUAUGACCCUUGGUCCGUUGAAUAUCUAUGCAGCGAUCCUACAAGUCCGUUAGCCAACAUACCACUUGAGUCCAUUUUCGAAUUUUCGGCCUUUCAACUAUUAUCUUCAAACGAACAAGAUGAACUUGCACGGCUAUUGCCCACUGUGGAUGCCACCACCACCACCACCACCACCAACAACAACACCAACAGCGAGAGCAACAAAACCAUCACUGAGGCAUUUUUCUCCAAAGACCAGAACCCUAUCUUUUGGAACGCAUUGGAUGAUUGGCAAACCAUGCUAGCCCACGGCGAACUUGGCACCUUUGAGACAUAUUGGGGGGAAUUGAAUGAUAGAGACAAGAUGCAUAAUGUUGCAGGGGACUCCAAAAACAUCACACUUAAAGAUAUGUGCCGAAAGGGUUUGAUACGGGAACGUGAUGUAAUCGUAUACAAACGGAAUUUCAGUGCUUGCAAAGUGGUCGUAUCCAAGUCCAUGACAGUGGUCAAGGCCGAUGGGGCGACAGGGAUCUCGAUUGAAUUGGACAAUGAGAUAUUCGAAGACUUUGAAACGCCCACUGCAUUGGAAACCAAGAUACUGGAUCAACAUGGCAAGGUCAGCAAGGAUAAGCGACCCAACGGCAAUGCAUUCAAGAGCAUCAGGCUGCUGCGAGGAGGAAAGGAUCUGGGCCGUUUAUUUGACAUUCGUAAAGAUGGAUUUGGCGAAAACUAA